AUGUCUUACAAUUUUACAGGUACGCCUACAGGCGAAGGAACAGGUGGCAACUCUUUGACGACGGAUUUAAACACCCAAUUUGACUUGGCCAACAUGGGAUGGAUCGGUGUAGCUUCGGCAGGUGUCUGGAUUAUGGUCCCAGGUAUCGGUUUAUUAUAUUCCGGUUUGUCGAGGAAAAAGCAUGCUUUAUCCUUGCUUUGGGCCUCGAUGAUGGCUUCCGCAGUGUGUAUUUUCCAAUGGUUUUUCUGGGGAUAUUCGCUGGCUUUCUCGCAUAACACUAGAGGUAACGGUUUCAUUGGUACCCUAGAAUUCUUUGGGUUCCGCAAUGUUUUAGGAGCCCCAUCUAGUGUCAGCUCACUUCCUGAUAUACUGUUUGCUGUCUAUCAGGGUAUGUUUGCUGCAGUCACCGGUGCCCUAAUGUUAGGUGGUGCUUGCGAAAGAGCAAGAUUGUUCCCCAUGAUGGUGUUCUUGUUUUUAUGGAUGACUAUUGUCUACUGUCCUAUUGCAUGCUGGGUCUGGAACGCUGAGGGUUGGUUAGUUAAAUUAGGUAGUUUGGACUAUGCAGGUGGUUUAUGUGUCCAUUUAACUUCUGGUCAUGGUGGCCUAGUUUACGCCUUGAUAUUGGGUAAGCGUAAUGACCCUGUUACACGUAAAGGAAUGCCCAAAUACAAACCACAUUCCGUCACCUCGGUUGUUCUAGGUACAGUGUUCUUAUGGUUUGGUUGGAUGUUCUUCAACGGAGGUUCUGCAGGUAACGCGACUAUACGAGCAUGGUACUCUGUUAUGUCCACAAACUUAGCUGCUGCUUGCGGUGGCUUAACCUGGAUGGUUAUCGAUUACUUCAGAUCCGGCAGAAAGUGGACUACAGUUGGUUUGUGUUCAGGCAUCAUUGCCGGCCUAGUGGGUAUCACCCCAGCCGCUGGGUUCGUACCAAUCUGGUCUGCCGUUGUUAUUGGUGUGGUCACUGCUGCAGGCUGUAACCUUGCUGUUGACUUGAAGGGUCUAUUGCGCAUCGAUGAUGGUCUAGAUUGCUACUCUAUCCAUGGUGUGGGUGCUUGUAUUGGCUGUGUAUUAACCGGUAUCUUUGCCGCAGAUUACGUCAAUGCCACUGCGGGCUCUUACAUUAGUCCAAUCGAUGGUGGCUGGAUCAAUCAUCACUAUAAACAAGUCGGCUAUCAACUAGCAGGUAUGUGCGCUGCACUAGCCUGGACUGUUACCGUCACAUCCAUAUUACUAUUAACUAUGAAUGCCAUUCCAUUUUUGAAACUAAGAUUAAGCGCCGACGAGGAAGAACUAGGUACUGAUGCUGCUCAAAUUGGUGAAUUUACAUACGAAGAAUCUACUGCUUACAUCCCAGAACCAAUCAGAUCUAAAACAUCGGCUCAAAUGCCACCUCCUCAUGAACACAUUGAUGACAAGAUUGUGGGUAACACAGACGCGGAAAAGAAUUCUACGCCUUCCGACGCUUCUUCUACCAAGAACACUGACCAUAUAGUAUAA